AGACAAGUGAAUUCUGCGACUUGUUCUUGAUCUUAUGAUGAUGCACAAACCACGAGGCUCAAUUAAAGGGCUCAAUAUAAUUGCCAUCGCCAUUGGCGCUCAAGCUAUCCUCGAAGCAGCAACUAGAGUUCGGUCGUCGUUCGAACUCGGCUGUCACAACCACAUCACUUCAACAGCCAUGGCCAGCGACAGCGCAGGAGACGUCGUGAUAUCCAUCCCCGGUUGCGAGUUCACGGCUCGUAGGCGACUGCUCGCAGCAAUUAGUCCCUACCUCUGCGAAAUGAUGGCGGAUACCGGUCAAGGAGAAAGAAUAAAGGUAGAGCUGGACGGGGUGUCCACCACAGCCUUUGAAGCACUGCGCGGCUUCAUUACAUCCGGGACUAUAAACCUGAAUUGCCAGAACGUGACUGACGUGUAUCGCUGCGCCUUCAAGCUGAAGAUUCGGUCCCUCGUCACUCGUUGCCUGCAGUACCUGGCCGAGGCUGGACCUGUGGGACGUCAGCUGGUGUCGUUCGCGAACGCAGCUGAGCUGUCGCUGCAUGAGGACCAGCAGAUCGCGUUCGAAUACCUCGUGGAUCAUUUCGAUUCUACAAUUCGAUCGCGGCAGUUCUUGGAGCUCCCAUGGGAACCUCUGGCCACGCUGCUUAAGUCGGAACAGCUGGCGACCGCUAAUGAGGCCAGCGUGUUCAUCGCUGGACUCGCUUGGCUCAACCAUGACUAUGCGUCCCGGCGUCCAAGGGAGGACGCUGUUCUGGGAUGUGUCAGAUAUGGACUCAUGAAUGAGGAUACGCUUCUCAAGUGCUUCGAUCCUCCUAUGGCGCGACCUGCAAUCAAGAACCGCUUUGUGCGUUCCAGGCUUGUGGAGGCAGCAUUUUAUCAUUACGCAAGGCUUCGGGGACGGCCAGAGCUCGCUGAAGAGUACAAGCCUCGUCCACGGGUGUUUUCCAACGCCACUGAACCUCCAAUUACGUGGAACGCCGAUGGUAAAGUGGAAAACUUCGAAGUAGGAUCUUACACGACCGCGAUCCAGCGCCAUCGGUUGGAAACUGUGAGGCGUAUUCAAGACGCUGUACAAAAACACAGGCAGGCAAUGUCGUUAGCCGCCGAAGCUGCCGCGAGGGCAAGAUUGGAGGAGCCCCCUGCAGUGCGUACCUACUACGAGCAACACAAGCGGCAGGUUGUAAAAGCCCAGUCUGUGGUGCGCUGCUACCUAGCCCGCAGACGAUACGCAUCCCUCCAUGCCCCAAUCGAGCCUCCUGCCCUGCUGGGGGAUAUGGAUGAAGAAGAAUUUACUGUUCGCCACCCUGGAAGUCUGGAGGUUCCUCCAGCUACGUGGUCCACGUUUCCAGCACAGAAGAUGCCGAGACACGCUGGACCGAUCGCUUCUGCUGACACCGUCAUGGUGCUGGUGACGGGCGGCAUCGAGCCUUCACGCUCAUACGAGAUGGCCACCGGAUGUACGGUUAUGCUAUUCGAUCCCAGCACGUGUCUGCUGACACGAUGCUCCAGACUCCCGCAACCGAGGCAUAACCAUGCAGCCGUUGUUCUCAAUGGCUACCUCUACGUUAUGGGCGGCUUCGACACUCGUAACACCCACCGCGGCCUCAAGUUCGCCACCAGUUCAUGCUUCCGAAUGAAGCUGGAGAGCCGCGCAUGGGAACGCAUAGCCGACAUGCGUUACUCACGCUGUAGCCAUGCAGCCUUGACAAACGCAGGGAAAGUGUAUGUCCUAGCUGGACAGGAUGAGUUUGACACCUUCCUGUGUUCUGUAGAAGAGUAUAAUCCUGAUACGAAUACGUGGCACGAGUUCGGCCCACCGUUGCCCUGUCGCAUCUCUGCUCCAGGAGCCGCAGUCACAUCCGGAUCUAUCGUUGUCGCCGGAGGAAUGGUACAAUCUCAACGACGAUCCGAUCGGGUAUUCGUCUCUUCCGCAGUGCACCGGUGGGAACCCAAGUCUGGACGAUGGGUCUCUGGACUCUCCACAUUCCCAUCUGGUCGGGCGUCUUUCGCGCUCGUUGAACAUAGGAACCGCUUGCACGCCAUCGGCGGACUCACGCGUGCGUCCGACGAGACAUCGUUGAAAGUCGUGACCGACGUCCUGGUACUCGAAGGUGGAGCGUGGACUGAGGCUACUGCGUUGCCGAAGCCGCUGCAUGGAUGUCAAGCCUUCUCGUUGUCCGACGAGCAGCUGGUGGUCUUUGGCGGGGCCUCCACGGCCACAUCGAUGGCUCCUAACGACGAAAUAUGGAGCUUCAAUGGGAAGGCUUGGACGAAGAUAGCAGCGAUGCCUGCGGCUAUCGCAGGUUUUGCAGCAGCGUCUGUUCCUGCUCUCCGAGAGCAGAAAUGAGACGGGUUGCAUCCAAAGAUGGGUGCCAGCGCGUGUGCAUUGCAUUUCCGUUCGAGUUGGAAGAAAAUUGUAGAGGCUAAUAACGAGUUUUCACGGUUGCAUGUUCGUUCGAAAAUAUCACCAAUAAAAUAGCCUGUAGUAUAGAACUCCA